ACCUUUUAGACAAGUAAAACACCAAAAAUGGUCAUUCAGCGGAGCUGGAAAAUUCCCACUGAUGUGGGAGGAUCGUUAACGAACACAACGACAACCGCGAGCGAUGUGCAGCAGCGUUCUUCCCCGGCAAUGCAACUGCAGGCAGGCAACUCCUCCGAUGACUCCGACUGCUCCAACCAGACCACACACUCGAUGGACACACGCGUCGCCAGCCCCGCAGAAGGUGCCAAAAAGCAACCAGAUAAAGAAAAGCAACCGUCGGAAGCCUCCACCACACUCACACUAUCCCUGCUCGCCGAGCUACCAUCCACGGAUGCAGAGCCUCUGGUAAAUAAAAACUCACUUCAAUGGGAAAUCAUAAAUUCAAACAAACAUUUUGGGUGCUCCCUGCAGAAAUAUGUGACCACCUCGGACAUGGCAGAGACGAUGCUGCAGCGAAUACGCCAGCGUCUGGGCGGUUCGCAGAACAUCGAAGGCGGUGGGAGUGCAGAGUCUGCCAUGAGAGCGCUGGAGCUACUGCGCAUCAGCGUGCAGCAGUCCUUCGAUUCGGAAGUCAAUGAGAUAAUCAAACGCUACAUGAAUAACUACUUUAAGCCCGCAUUUGGAAACAUCAAGGAGAACCUCGGUCAGCAGUCGGUCAACGAGGAGACGCUGCAAAAGAUGUCCUCGUGUGCCUUGCUGGAGAACGCCAAGGCGCAGUACACGAACUUUGUGCGCCAGCACCGCCUGGGCGCCGGAGUGACGGAGCAACAGCGUCUGGCCCUGAAGCGUGUGGCCAAGCCGCAGGAGAACACCAUCGGCAGCAAAGUGUUUGCCAACAAUCUGGGCUUUGCCGCCACCAAGCCCAUGCCCUGCACAGCUGCCGCAGUGAAUCAGAUGCCUGCUCUGCAGGCAAUGCAGAUGUUUCCGCAACAGGCACAACUGCAGGCUGUCCAGCCACUCCAACAGCAGCAACAGCAGCAUCGCAUGGUCACUCCGAUAUUGGGCGGAGCAUUGCCCACGCCUGUGCGUCGCCAAAUCUUUUGGAACACGGCCCAAAUCUCGACGAGCACGAAAUUCGUGCUGGAUGUGCAGGCCAAUCUGGCGUUUGGCUUUGGCACCGAUGGCAAGGAGAGAUUGGCCAGCAAGCACCCGGAACUCAUACGCUAUCUCCCCGAUGCCGAGGACAGAGAGUGGCUGGCAGCCCGAGGCAUUAUUCCCGCCGAGAGUACCCACCUGCGGUUCCUCUUUCUGCUCCACGACGAGGUCUGCCGGCUGCACCAAGCGCACGAUCUGUACAAGAACAAACCCAACGUGGAUCUCACCCUGAUGAUGACUUUCAACGUGCCGGACCCAAUGAUACACAAGAUGCGGCUCUUCUUUGUGGAUCUAAACAUCAAGAGCCGCGGGCUGAUAACCAAUUCAUUUAUCAUGACCAAUCAGCCGCAGCCACAGCCGCAGCAGUCCACGGUGGCAAAUAAUAGUCAUCUGAGGAACGCACUGCUUCAAGGAGCAUUGCCACAGCCGCAACAGCAACAACAGCAGCAGCAGCCGCAACAGCAACAAACUGCAACUGACGACUGGAACGCUGCCCGUUGAGGAGUCGAUACUGAAGGAGCUGCCAGCCGCAUCGCCGACGCCAUGCCUGCAGGGACAGAUUGUGGGGAGCACUACGACGCCCCUCAAGGCCAAGCUGGUGGCAGGUUCCACCCUGAGCUCUUCCCAUGCAACACUUACCGCACUGCUGAACAAUGGCGGAGCCGGAGUGGCAGUCGGUGUAGGAGGAGCACCCGCUGUCAAUACUGCGCCAAGUGCCACCGGGAAGCUUAGGAAUUAAUCUUAACUAAGCAUUCAAAUAAUUCUCUAAGCAGCUAUUUUAAAUUAUAUUCCAUAC